AUUAAAAAGCAGCAACAAGAUGUGUUAGGUUUCUUGGAAGCCAACAAAAUUGAAUUUGAGGAAAAGGAUAUCGCCGCCAACGAGGAGAAUCGGAAGUGGAUGCGAGAGAACGUGCCUGAAGACAGCCGGCCAGCAAGCGGGAACCCCUUGCCUCCCCGGCUCUUCAAUGACAGCCGGUACCUCGGGGACUACGAAGCUUUCUUUGAAGCUCGAGAGAACAAUGCAGUGUAUGCGUUUUUAGGCUUGACUGCGCCACCUGGUUCAAAGGAAGCUGAAGCACUGGCAAAGCAGCAAGCAUGAAUUUCAACUGCCUUAAAUGUUCUGUAAAGGGAAUUUCCACAGCUUUUUAUAAAAUAGUACAGUUGUCUCUGCUUCAAGAAAUGUAGAUGUGAUUUCUAACGUUUGAUCGGUGCUUGCAGCAUUCACCGUACAUAGCACAAAUUUGAACACGAUGAAAAUGGGAACAUAAAGGGUAGAGAGCAUGGGCUGCAUUAUUACAAAGUUGGAAGCAUAGGAAACUGAAGCAAUUAGACAUGAAUGGUUUUCACAUACUUCAAACUGUCUUGGCAAUUCGUCCAUUUUGUGUAAACUUAAACUAUUUUAGUACGAACAUCACAGAUGGAGUUAUUCCUAGAGAUCCAACUAUUUAGAAGAUGGAAAACAGCACCUAAAACCUUGUCAGAUACUAACUUCAGUGCCUGAGUUGCCUCAAAAAUGUUACUGAAUUACACAGUAAUUUUUCAGUGUCUUUUCUGGUUUCAGAGGAAAUUGUAGGUGGUAUUGUGUAGUGUAGCCGUUGUAGUCGCUCUUGAAAGCUGUCGUUGUUCUUUUGUAGAAUGGAUAUUUAAGAUUUGUAUUGCAACACACUGUACAGAUGAUUAAAAAAAAAAAAAGCCACGGAUUUCUCAUUUAAAUGAUCUGUGUGGGCUCUUUUGACA